UGAUGUUUCAUCACCCACAGAUGGGUCCCCGACCCCAACUUUGGGAACCACUGUGAAUAAAAUAAGGUGGUGCCCCGAUAUUUUAACAGAGUGAGACCUCUUCAUUCAUUAAAUCUCUGCACCCUUCAAAAACAGCAGGUUAUUUUUCACACCACGACUUCUGCAGUUCUGUCUUAUUUAAUAUCCAGCGAUAAUGCUGUUCAGGUUCGGCGUCAUCCUCACUCCGGAGUCCUCGGAUGUGGAGGUUUUAGUUUUGGGCUCCCGGGAGGAAAUGGGCCACUGGGACCCGCACAAAGCGGUUCGGAUGAAAGCGACGCAGAAACUGCCGUCACCCGACGAACCGUGUCUGUGGCUCGGGGACGUGGAGCUGGCGGAGCCGUGUAAAGACACGCUGUGGUUCAAGUUUAUCCAAAGAGUCGAGGGCUCCUUUAAAUGGGAAG